AAAUAUAAGUAGAAGAAGAAGAAGAACAUCUGACAUCGACACAUCGAGUCUGCAGAACGGCGAGAGGACGAAGAAACACGGAAGUGUAGUUUUCACACAGACAGGCAAAGUACAAGCUAGCUGUUGUUCUGUUGCACCUUCGGCUCUGUUUGUCCACCUAACAUUACAGCAAAAUGCCUGAAAUACAGACAAGAAGGAUUCAAGCCAUUUACACCAGUGCCAGUGACGGCCUGGAGGGCUUCAAGGCACAUGCUGUGUUCGAGGAAAUCAACAAGAAGCUCCAGGAGGAAGGGGAACAGUUUGUGAAAAAGAUCGGGGGGGUGUUUGCCUUCAAGGUAAAGGACGGCCCCAAUGGUCAGGAAGGUGUUUGGUACGUGGACGUGAAGAACGGCAGAGGCUGCGUCCACAAUGACACGGCUAAGAAGGCAGACUGCACCAUCUCCAUGUCCGACACAGACCUGUUGGCGCUGAUGACGGGGAAGAUAAACCCACAGACUGCGUUUUUCCAGGGCAAGCUGAAGAUCACAGGGAACAUGGGCCUGGCUAUGAAGCUCCAGAGCCUGCAGCUGCAGCCGGGCAAAGCCAAGCUGUAGGGCAACGGCCCCCUCGACACACCUCUGAUCACUAAGUUAACCCUUGAAGAAAUUAACAGCAAGUCUGACGCGUUUCAGAUCGGUGUUAAAGGUCCGUAAAGCUUCUCAUCACAGGACUGAACCACUUUCCCUUCUAGUGACCUCACUGACCGAGCGGGGGAUUAGUCAGUAGCCCUGCUAAUAUAACUGGAGCACAAGAUAGACGGGCAGAUAAUUAAUUCUCUAAUAAAGUCCCACUCAUGUAAUUCAGUACACCAGAGUAGAUACAGGGGCACUUAUAGAUACUAAUUCCGUUUAUGUCCAUUUUUCAAAAUCUACCUUUUGAGUGUAUUGUGUCUGGAAAUGAUUUGAGUAGAUGACAUUUUCCUCAAUCAUGGCCACAACAGUCUAAGUGCCUCCUCGUCUCGGACUUGCAGUUUGCUCUUAAAGUUUUUAGCCAACAAACAGAAAUGUUUUUCACCGUGGCCGCCCAAACUUUUAACAGACGGGCUUGUCGUUAUCUGCUGUACUAUCAUUAAUGUAUGGAAAAGAUUUCUACUAAAUAAAAUUGCCUUUGCUGCAACAUCAA